AUGGAAAGGUAUUUUAAACGUCAUUAUACGCUCGACAUCGGUAUGGACAUGUUGAAAGUGUUUACUGUGGCCCUUUUGUUUUUUUGCUACAAGUUUGGAAUCACAAAUGCAACAGGCAAGAGCAAAUUCAGUAAGGAGCAUUUCGAAAACUUCACGCUGGAGAUUAUAAACAACACUUUGCACAUGGAUAUGACAACCUCCAAGACGAUCCACCGCGGCCUGAAGGUCCUUAUCGACACCCAGAUCAGCCUGGAUAAGGGCAAAAGCUACCAACGCCUCUUCGCCCACAUCCUGGACACCUGUGGCGUGGUUUCAUCGGUGAGAACAAACAUUUUCAAGAGCUGGUUCGAUAGUAUGCUGAAGCACGGAAACUUUAUGGUCAACUGCCCCGUGCCAGCGGGUCACUACUUUCUGCAUGACUGGAAGCUGGACUCGCAGUUGGUUCCGCACUACUUGCUGCCCGGUGACUAUUGCAUCAAAGGUCACUUCUUCUACGGCAAACACAAGUCAAAGCAGGAGGACUUCUUUCUCGACUUGGACGUAUAUGCUCUGCUGAAAGCAACAUAG